CAGCAUUGUUUUGAGCUUUUCCCUUUUCUAGUUCUAUUUCCGCCAGUUGAAUCCUCCUCCAUUGGACGGAUCAUAGGGGGAGAAGAAUGUAUCCUGUAUUCCCAGCCAUGGCAGGUGGCUCUGUAUUACUUUGACAAGUUUAUCUGUGGUGGGAUCCUUAUAAAUGAGAGUUGGGUACUGACGGCGGCUCACUGCAAAAUGUCGAAUAUUCAAAUAAUUCUGGGAGAUCAUGAUCGCCAGGUCUAUGAAGGAACCGAACAGUACCGACAUGCCGUUAAGAUGUGUUCCCACUCCAGCUAUGACCCCAGCACGUAUGACAAUGAUAUCAUGCUCCUGAAACUGAACUCCCCAGCCGAGGUUAAUGACUACGUGAAAACUAUCACCUUACCCACCGAGCCAGUGGCAGAUAACUCCAGUUGUAUCAUUUCAGGAUGGGGGACCACCAUUUCUCCAGGAGAAAACUACCCCUCUACUCUGCAAUGUGUGGGGGUGGAGACGGUUUCUGCCUCUGCUUGCAAGGAAGCAUAUCCAGACGAUGUGAUAACAGACAACAUGCUGUGUGCUGGAAUUCAGGAAGGAGGCAAGGACACCUGUCAGGGUGACUCUGGUGGGCCCUUGGUGUGUAAUUCUCAACUCUAUGGUGUCACAUCUUGGGGACACAUUCCAUGUGGGGAACCCAAUUACCCAGGAAUAUACACCAAGGUGUGCAAUUACCUAAACUGGAUUCAGAAGACCAUAGCUAAUGGUGAUUGCCUUCCAUAA